AUGUUGAGAUCGACCACGAGAACUUUUGUGCGGAACUUGUCCCACAAGGAAUUGAAGUUUGGCGUUGACGGCAGAGCCGCCCUCCUCAAGGGGGUCAACACCCUCGCCGACGCCGUCUCCGUCACCUUGGGUCCCAAGGGGAGAAACGUAUUGAUUGAACAGCAAUUUGGCGCUCCCAAGAUCACUAAGGACGGGGUCACUGUCGCCCGUUCGAUCACUUUGAAGGACAAGUUUGAGGACAUGGGGGCUAAGCUCUUGCAAGAAGUGGCCUCGAGAACCAACGAGUCCGCCGGUGACGGUACCACUUCCGCCACCGUGUUGGGGAGAUCGAUCUUCACUGAAUCGGUGAAGAACGUCGCUGCUGGUUGCAACCCCAUGGACUUGAGAAGAGGUACCCAGGCCGCCGUCGACCACGUCGUCAAGUUCCUCCAAGCCAACAAGAAGGAGAUCACCACUUCGGAAGAGAUUGCCCAAGUCGCCACCAUCUCCGCCAAUGGUGACCGUCACAUCGGUGAGUUGUUGGCCCUGGCCAUGGAAAAGGUUGGUAAGGAAGGUGUCAUCACCGUUAAGGAAGGUAAGACCUUGGAAGACGAAUUGGAAGUCACCGAAGGUAUGAGAUUCGACCGUGGUUACAUCUCGCCUUACUUCAUCACCGACACCAAGUCGGCCAAGACCGAGUUUGAAAACCCCCUCCUUUUGAUCUCGGAAAAGAAGAUCUCGACUUUGCAAGACGUGUUGCCGUCGUUGGAAAUUUCUAACCAGACCAGACGUCCUCUUUUGAUCAUCGCCGAAGACAUUGACGGCGAAGCCCUUGCCGCCUGUAUCCUCAACAAGUUGAGAGGCCAAGUGCAAGUGUGUGCCGUCAAGGCCCCCGGUUUCGGUGACAACAGAAAGAACAUCUUGGGUGACAUUGCCAUCCUCUCUGGUGGUACCGUGUUCACCGAGGAAUUGGACAUCAAGCCCGAAAACGUCACCGUCGACCUCUUGGGUUCGUGCGGCGCCGCCACCAUCACCAAGGAAGACACUGUGUUGCUCAACGGUGAAGGCACCAAGGAAAUGAUCCAACAAAGAUGUGAACAGAUCCGUGCCUCCGUCGACGACAAGGCCACCAGCGAAUACGAACGCGAAAAGUUGCAAGAAAGACUUGCUAAGCUUUCCGGUGGUGUCGCCGUCGUCAGAGUCGGUGGUUCGUCGGAAGUUGAAGUCGGUGAAAAGAAGGACAGAUACGACGAUGCCCUCAACGCCACCAGAGCUGCCGUGCAGGAAGGUAUCUUGCCCGGUGGUGGUACCGCUUUGAUCAAGGCCUCGACCACCUUGGACGAAGUCUACGACCAAUGCCACAACUUUGACCAAAAGUUGGGUGUGCAAAUCAUCCAAAAGGCCAUCACCAAGCCCGCUACCAGAAUCAUCGAAAACGCCGGUGAAGAAGGUACCGUCAUUGUGGGUAAGGUCAAGGACGAAGAGGAAUUCAAUAUCGGUUACGACUCGGCCAGGGGUGAAUUCACCAACAUGAUCGAAGCCGGUAUCAUCGACCCCUUCAAGGUCGUCAAGAACGGUUUGGUCGACGCCGCCGGUGUCGCCUCGUUGUUGGCCACCACCGAAUGUGCCAUUGUCGACGUCCCCGAACCUAAGGGCCCUGCUGCUCCUGCCGGUGGCAUGGGCGGCAUGGGCGGUAUGCCCGGCAUGCCUUUCUAA